GCGUUGUUGAUGAAUUAUGGCGAAAUUAAAAUUGUAAAGCGUUUUAGACUGUCAUUAAAAGUAACAAAUAUUGCUGAUACAAACUUCAUGCUAUACUACAUUAUUGAGUAGCAUAUUAUUUGCUGUGCCUUGUGAAUAUAUUACUUAUGGUAUUACAUAAAGAAUCACAAUGACAUCUAGGAAAAUUAUACAAGUGUUUGAACAGUACCAAAAAGCAAGGAUUCAGUUUGUGCAGACUGUUGCAGAACUUGCUGCAACUUCAAAGCGAACAAAUAUUGAACCACUCCGUGAUGCAGGUGUUAUGGCAUUACUCAGACCCCUGUUGCUGGAUGUAGUUCCUACUGUGCAGCAUACUGCAGCUUUAGCCCUGGGAAGGCUGGCUGUUCACAACGAUGCUCUUGCUGAGGCUAUAGUGAAAGCAGAUAUUCUACCGCAGCUUGUACACUCUUUAGUGAAGCAAAACAUAUAUUACAAGGAAGCAGCAGCGUUUGUGUUUAGAGCCGUUGCAAGACACUCCCCUGAGCUUGCUCAGAAUGUUGUAGACAGCGGUGCACUAGAUUCAUUGGUCGCAUGUUUAGAAGAGUUUAAUCCAGCAGUGAAACAAGAGGCUGCUUGGGCGUUAGGUUGCAUCGCAAGGCACAAUGAAGAGUUAUCAAUGGCAGUUGUGGAUGCUGGUGCAGUACCGUUGCUGUUGCUGUGCCUACAGGAGCCAGAAAUUGCUCUAAAGUCAAUUGCAGCAUCUGCUAUCAGUGACAUCAGCAAGCACUCGCCAGAGCUGGCACAGACAGUAGUAGAUGCUGGAGCCAUUGGCCACCUUUGUCCAUUGGUUAUGAGUCCUAAUGUGAUGCUAAAGAAACAAGUGUUUUCGGCCCUGAGCCAGAUAUCUAAACACACAGUUGAUCUUGCCGAGAGAGUGGUCGAGGCAGAAAUCUUCCCUGCAGUUCUUACCUGUCUGAAAGACUCCGAUAAAUGCGUCCAGAAAAAUGUGGCUACUUUGGUCCGAGAGAUAGCGAAGCAUUCGCCAGAGCUCGCACAACUCAUAGUGAAUGCAGGUGGAGUGGCAGCGAUGGUAGACUUUGUGAGAGAGACGACGGGUAACGUACGUUUGCCAGGUAUCAUGAUGCUUGGAUACGUGGCGGCACACUCCGAGAUGCUCGCAAUGGCUGUGAUUGUGUCCCGCGGUGUGGUGGAGCUAUCACGCGCACUAGACGAAGAGCAAGAGGAGCAUAUCCGUGCGGCCACAGCGUGGUCACUUGGCCAACUUGGCAGGCACAGUCCCGAGCAUGCCAAGGCUGUUGCUGAGGUCAACGUCUUGCCAAAAUUACUUCACUGCUACCUGAGCACCAGCAGUUCAGAAGACAUGCAACUAAAGGCAAAAAAAGCACUAAAGAAUCUACUACAAAAAUGUGUCCACCUGCCUGCCUUGGAACCACUGCUGCACGAUGCACCUCCAAAUAUUUUAAAGCACGUCGUUGCACAGUUUAGCAAGGUUCUGCCUCAUGAUGCCAAGGCCAGACGGGUGUUUGUCACCACUGGUGGACUGAAGAAAGUCCAGGAGAUUAAGACAGAGCCUGGUUCUGCACUACAAGAAUUCAUCAAUACAAUCAAUAACUGCUUCCCUGAGGAAAUAGUCAGGUUUUAUUCUCCUGGAUACUCUGAGACAUUACUAGAGCGGGUUGAGCAGUAUAAUCCUAUGACAGCACAGUAAAGCUCCAUUAGUAGAGAAUACAAAAAAUAUAGCAAAGUAUACUGUCUAUUCGUGUAUGGUUCCUGUGUACGUCUAUACAAUUUAUAUCAACUGUGUUUGAUUUUCUAUCAUAUCUGUGUAUUAAAAACAUUGAAACUAGAAAGUCAUUAUUGUAAUUCCAUGUACACAUGUACGUGUUAGUUUUAAUAAGUAUAUAUAUGUUGUUUUCAUUGCAUAUUUUUAUCAAAUAUAUUUUGUACUGUAAAUGAUUAUUAGAACUAUAUUCCGAUAAUGAUAAUAGCAUAAUAUCUCUGUGUCAUACUUCCUUCCAUUACUCAUUUGAAUUGUCUUCAUGUAUAAAUUUCCGUAAGAUGCGUAACCAAAAUAUUCAGAUUUUGCUUAACUAA